CAGAAAACAUGAUCACUUAUAAAUUUAAAAUCCAUGACCAAAAUAACCACCCACGUGCUUGAAUUGUUAAAACUCUCAAAACAUCCAUUUUUAACUUCCAAAUCUUGUUUAAAAUAAUUCAACCUAACCCCACGUUGAGAUGCCAAAUUAAUUGUCUCAGUUCUAAUUUAAGUUCCCAGAGACUGAAAUAUGUUUGAUAGAACCAACAACAAUUUUAUAGAGUGCCUUUCCCUCUUCCCCUUCCUUUCCCAAAAGAAAGGAAUUAGGUGGAGAGAGAGAGGAAAGGUAAGCACACUCAAUCUCACUCUGAUUUGGAAGUGAAAAAGAAAAGCAGUUUAACAAUAAAUUAAAAAGGUAUCUGAGGGAGGGAAGUUACAAAGGUAUAGGGAAGGGAAAACAAGUACCAAAUGUGUACAUACAACCUGAUUUUGAUGGUAAUGGCUUUGUCCACCUCGUGGGUGAUGGCCACGCGGUAAACCAACGAGAACCAGGACUGGUGAUGCUGGUAAGCAGGGAGGCAGGGAGCACAGAGAGCAGGAGAACAGGAAGUCCCCUGCUUUUAUAGACCUUUAGAGAGGAAGGGGGAGUGGGUUAACCAUGAAUCACUUGGUGGUAGUCAGACCCACCCCUGGGGAGUGGUCAAGACCACCUAGGAUCAGGUUCAAGGUUACUCCCCCUGGAGGGUUAACCCUAUACAGGAGGCCAGGAUGUGCAUGGCCUCACAGAAGGACACAGAUAAGAACUGGGAGGAGAAGCAGCACCCAGAGAACAAAAUGGAGCAGGCAAAGUGCAGCCCCAAGGAAGAGGAGAAAGAGGGCAAGACAGAGGAUGACAAUGAGGGGAAUGACGACUGUAAUGAUGAUGAGUAUGAGGAGGAUGAUGAGUGUGAAGAUGACCAGGAUGAGAAACUGGAGGAGGAGUAUGAGAAGCAUGGGUUCAUGUUAGCCCCCUCUGUGCCACUCAAGCAGGGGAAUCAGUGUCUGGAGUGUGGGCAGAGCUUCACACGGCGCUCCAGGCUCAUUGACCACCACCAAACCCAUACUGGCACGAAGCCCUUCAGCUGUGCUGACUGUGGCAAGACCUUCACACUGCACUCCAACCUCACUAGUCACCACCGACUCCAAACCAGCAAGAAACCCUUCAGCUGUGCUGACUGCGGCAAGAGCUUCACCCAUCGCUCCAGCCUCAUUGACCAUCACCGGGCCCACACUGGCGAGACGCCUUUCAGCUGUGCUGACUGUGGCAAGAGCUUCACACGGCUCUCCAAGCUCAAUAACCACCACCGCGUCCACACUGGUGAGAAGCCCUUCAGCUGUUCUGACUGUGGCAAGAGCUUCACAUUGCGCUCCAACCUUCUUCACCACCACCGAACCCACACUGGCGAGAAGCCCUUUAGCUGUGCCGACUGUGGCAAGAGAUUCAGACGGCAUUCCAAUCUCAUUAGUCACCACCGAUUCCACACCGGGCAGAAGCCCUUCAGCUGUGCUGACUGUGGCGAGAGCUUCACACAGCGCUCUAGCCUCAUUAACCACCACCGAACCCACACUGGUGAGAAGCCUUUCAGCUGUGCUGAUUGCGGCAAGAGAUUUACUCACAGGUCUGCCUUCACCAAGCACCACAGUGUCCAUACCACUGAGAAGUCCUUUAGCUGUAGGGACUGCGGCAAGAGCUUCAAACACAGCUGCGAUCUUGCCAUCCACUGCCGCAUCCACACCAGAGAGAGGCUGUUUCCCUGUGCAGAGUGUGGCAAGAGCUUCACCACAAGCUCCAGAUUCCUCCAACACCAAUUCACCCAUACUGGUGAGAAGGCCUUCACCUGUUCUGACUGUGGCAAGAGCUUCACCCACAUUUCUACUCUCACUAAACACCGUCGUAUCCAUACUGGUGAGAAGCCCUUCACCUGCUCUGACUGCGGCAAGAGCUUCACUCAGAGCUCUGCCCUCACCCAGCACCAUCGUGUCCACACUGGCGAGAAGCCUUUCACCUGCUCUGACUGUGGUAAGAGCUUCACCCACGUCUCUACUCUCACCAGACACCGCCAUGUCCACACUGGUGAGAAACCCUUCACCUGCUCUGACUGUGGCAAGAGCUUCACCCACAGCUCCACCCUAACUCGUCACCGUCGUGUUCACACUGGCGAGAAGCCCUUCACCUGCUCUGACUGUGGCAAGAGCUUCACCCAAAGCAGCCAUCUCAUUUCCCACCGCCGCACGCACACUGGUGACAAACCCACACUGCAGAGGAAGCGCAAAUAGACCCACCCCAUGUCUGUUGGGGUAAUUGUGCCCUCACCCCAAGAAGGCCUUUCUAGCAGAUUAAACCAAAAUUGCCUCUUUUUCACCUGCAUUUCUCAGAACACCUGGGGGCUCCAUCAGGAACAAACACCUCCUGCCCUUCUGAGCACCAAUUAGUGCUGGUGAGAAUAAUUACAGUGAUGAGUCAGCGCAGCCAGAGCUGCUGUUGGAGCUGGGCUGAGCUGUGCAGCAAUUUGUCUGCUUCUUCCCCUAUUCUUUUUGUCUCCCUGGGAUAAAAUCCCUCUGUCCGGUGCCCAGUUGUGUCAAUAAACCCCAAAAGUGACCCAAA